AUGCCCAGAGUGAGCAUGAGAGGCGAACGUUUGAAUGGGAGCAAGCAGAAAGCUGCCAGGGCUUUAGAGAGAGAGAAAUUGGAGUUAAAAAAGGAAAAGUGGAAAAUGGAACUGGAAAUGUCUAGGUCGCGUGGGAAAGAGGCUUCUCACGGGGAUUCUGUUCACUCCCGGUCAGAUGUAUUUGGGAGAUAUGGUAAGUAUGGACCCAAAAUUCCAAAGCUCGGGGCAGGUGGAGACAUAGAGGCAUACUUGGGAACCUUUGAGCGUCUUACUACUGCCAAUGAGUGUUCACGGGACUCAUGGGCAUCUAGAUUGGCUGCUGUCAUAACUGGUAAAGCAAGGGAAGCUUAUGCACUCAUGCCAACAGACACUAUCAGCGAUUAUGACAAGGUGAAGCUUGCAAUCCUCAAGAAGUACCAGUUGGGUUAUGAAGCUUACCGGGAGAAGUUUAGAACUUCCAACAAAGAACCUGACGAGAGAUUUCAGGAGUGGGGGACCAGAGUGUCCCGCUAUUUUGAUAGAUGGCUAGAAAUCAACGAGAUCGAAACCUUUGAGAAACUUCGUGAGCACAUGAUCAUAGAGCAGAUGAUUAACCUAUUAUCUCCAGAUUUGCAAUUAGUAUGGAUUAAGGAGCGGAAGCCGACGACCACAGAUAAGUUAACGGAAUUAGCAGAACUCUAUUUUAAUUCUAGGAGGAAAAGUCACACUGCUGAGCCGGUCGAUUCUUCCGAAGGUCCAACCCGGUACGAUUCUUCCAAAGGUAAACAGGGUAAGAAAUUCAAACAUGACAAUACAGGUAAGCCCUCCAAAGAUAAUGUUACCUGUUUUACUUGCAAUAUGAAGGGUCAUUAUGCUUAUGAGUGUCCCGACCAGAAGGAAAGGGCCAGUGAAACAUCGGUGACCAGUAAAAGUCAGAGUGGUGGUGCCAAUUCGAAAGCUGGGAAACCCAAGAAAGGAUCCGGUUAUCUCUGCCUGAGCCCUUCAAGACCCGGGUUUCUCAACCACAAGCAAUUUGAACUUCAAGGUUAUGUUGCUAAGAGACCUGUAAGGAUGUUGCUUGAUACUGGUUGCUCUAAUACGCUGGUAAAAUCAUGCUUGAUACCAUAUGACGCAUGUGAUGGGAAUAGUUUUGAAGUUCUUUUGGCCAAUGGUAUGACACAGAAAGUUCUCACAGCUAAAGUAGUACUGUCUAGCACCAUUGGCAAGAAGGAAUGCAUAGUAGGAGUGCUGGAGAAACUACCUGUGGAUGUAUUGCUAUCCCAGGAGGAUUUCGUGGUCAUUGGUAGGUUGAAGGAAUGA